AUGCUCGAUUCCUUGAGGCCUCUGCCUUCUGUCUCUGCACUUCGGCCUGGCAGUGCCUCCCCCCGUAAACAGUCUUCCUCUCCUAUUAUUAGGACCUUCGAGAGGUCUUCAGACAAGUGGCCAUCAUCUUCUGGGCCCAAUUCUCAAUUUCCUGCUGUAGGCGGAUGUGCUAGUUCAUCCUUCGGUUGUGAAAGCUCUAUUUUAGGACCUCAUCCCAGUCCAAAAACAUUUGAUACGAAUUUUCAAUGGCCUCUUAACUCCAUGGGCUCCGAUACAGCAAUCGGAACGAUGGGAGAAGAAAGGAAAUUGGGUUGCAGUAACAGCAGGGAAGUUGAAGUGGAAACCGAUGUAGAGCCGGAGAUAGUUUUGACGGAAAACGAUCGAGAAGGGCGGUCUCAACAGAUGGAUCAAUUGCUGAAAACACAACACAAGGUUGAGGAAACGAUGAUUGAGCUGGAAGCUACAGGGCAUAAUAACAAGGAAGAACAACAAGAUAAAAGGUUCGUUUACACACAUUUCUUUAUGUUUAAAUAUGUGUAG